CAAGCCAGCUUCGAUGCCACGAAGUAGUAAUAUAAAGCAAUAUUUCUCUUUAGUUUUUUUAUUCAGAAACAGAGGAUCACUUCAUAAGGUGUUGGAUAUACAGUCACACCUGAACGUCACCUUUUAGACAAAAUACUUUGUAAGGUGUUUGUUUGUUUCCCACCGCCAUUGCCAUUUUGACCAUGGCGCAAAAAUGUACUAUCGAUCAGAUUAAAGACGUCCUAUCUGACCUGCAGUCUCAGUUAGAUGCGAUAAAAGAAUCCAAGAAAGAUACCGUUCUUGACUUACAGUCUGAGCUAGAUGCCCCAACCCAAUCCGAGAAAGAUAAUGUUGUUGACAAGAAUGAGGAACCGGUCGACAAACCAGUUGAAGAGAAGAGAACUCAAUCAUCAUCUUGGUGGGGUCGGAUCAGAGAAACAGUCAAAAAAGGUUUUAGAGUGAAGAAAGAGAGCUCAGCCUAUGCAAGUGACAACGGCGAAGGCAGUCAAGGCCAAGAUCAAGAAGAAGCAAACCUCGAGAUCUUGAAACUGCAAAACGACAUUCGUCAGAUGAAGGCUGCGUUUGAGAAACUGGCUCAUUUCCAAAGCAAUAUUAGCAAGUCGUUGGAGAUUGAAGUGCCUUCAAAUAAACUGAGAGCAAUACUAUUGAAGACUGAUUCAGCCAAGUCCCGGGCUCGGGAUCUCAAGGAAAUCAGAAGAAAGGUUCUCAACUUGAAGGGUCAGAUCCCAUCAUUACUCAAGAAACAAUCAUCCAUAGGUUUAAGCGUUACAGAUUCUCAAACCUCUGAGGAAAAUGGUCAGAUCGUUGAGACAGGGAGCGACAUACUCUUGCCUGGCCUCCACGUUUCCGAUGAUUUCAAACAUUCUUCAGCUUUUGAAGAAGUUGUGGAGACGUUUGAAGUACUUGAGUUCACAUACAUGCUAUGUUUGCUGUCCUUCGCCGUGUUCCCGGAGAACAAAGAGGUUAAAAAGACAAUGUUGAUGUACUGGUGGAUCGGAGAAGGUUUCAUCAGCUACGAAGAUUCCGAAAACACAGUAACGAGAAUUCUUGAUGAAUUAUCAAGAAAAGGGUUGGUGGAGCCGGCCGAAGAUGAGAGGAAACUAAAAACAGGUGGUUAUAAGAUGGAUCCUCAUGUGCACGCUGCAGUUGUCUACCUAGCCAGCCGUAAUGGGCUAGGGCUAUUUGAUCUCUACUCCGAAAGGAAGCUCAAGAUGCAAUGUUCAGAGAGUCAUAACGUGUGCCUAGUAAAAAGGUCCUCGUUGCAACCAGAGGCUAAAGCAUCCAAAAUGCCACUGAAAGAUAUGAACUCGAUUUUCAAUUCCUCGGAAAGGUACCCUGAUUUCACAUUCAAGUGGUUUCCGGAGAUGGAUUCACUCAAGGUGCUUUAUUUAGGAAGAUGGGAACGCACUGCAAAGCGUCACAUCGAAGUCGAGAGCACAGAGUUUCUCAAGGAUAUAAAGUCUCUCAAGAACCUCAGGCUGGCAAGUUUUCAAGGGAUCUCGAGGAUCGAAAACCUCAAAAAACUCCCCUGCUCGCUUCCGAGGCUAGUGAUAUUGGAUCUAAGAGCAUGCUACAAUCUAGAGGGUCUUCCUGAAGACAUAGGCUCGCUUGAGAGUCUGAUCUACUUGGAUGUAUCAGAGUGCUAUAUGCUAGAUCGCAUGCCUCGAGAGAUUUCACGUCUUAAGACACUACAAGUUCUUAAGGGCUUUGUGAUUAGCCAGUCCGAUAAUGAAAAAGAGUGUGCAGUUAAACACCUUGCGAAUCUAAGGAAGCUAAGCAUUACAGUAAACAGAUACCAAUUCAAGGUGGAAGAUUUCAUGGAGUCGUUGAAAGACCUCAAGCAACUGGAGAGUCUGAAAAUAGCAUGGGGAGCUCGGUUCCGGUAUGAAGAAGAAUGGGGAAAAGGAGGACAAUUGGAAGAAACAGAUGAAGCAAAGGGGAGUACAGAAACAGCAAACGAGGAGAAUCCUCCAAAGGAAGGAAACGAUGAGAAGAAGGGACAGACAAACGAAGAGAGCUUGAAGGCUGAUAAGGUCGUUGACGGAGACGAGGGGAAUGCUGCUCAAGAGGAAGGAAAGAAGCAAGACAAGGUAGAUGCAGAGAAAUCAAGAUCAGAAGAUGGUGUUAUAAAGGCGAGUCCAUCCUCGGAAUCAACAAACAAAAGCGACACGGUUAAUCCAGAAGAAGGAAUGAAGAGAGAUGAGGUGAGCUCGAAACCAGACAUGGUUACUGAAGGAGAUGAGAAAGACACUGUAAAAAGCAAGCCAGAUGAUCACCAAAGUGGUGACAAACCAGAAGAGAAAAGAGAUGGAGAAGAGGAUAAAACGGAAGGAGAGAAGAAAGAUGAGGUAAAAGCAGACGUUUCGGAAGUAGAUAAGAAGACAAGUACACCACAAGAAGAAUCCAAAGACACGAUCCAGAGCAAUCCGGAUGAUCAUCAAAGAGGUGAGAAACAAGAAGAGAAAAGAGAUGGAGAAGAGGAUAAAACGGAAGGAGAGAAGAAAGAUGAGGUGAAACCAGAGAUUUCGGAAGUAGAUAAGAAGACAAGUCCACCACAAGAAGAAUCCAAAGAAACUGUCACGAGCAAGCCAGAUGAUCAUCAAAGAGGUGAGAAACAAGAAGAGAAAAGAGAUAUAAUAGAAAAAGCUAACACGAAAGGUGAGGUGAAAGCAGAGAACUCGAAACCAGACAAGGUAGAUGAGAAGACAAGUCCAGCGCAAGAAUCCAAAGACACGAUGAUCCAGAGCAAGGCAGAUGAUCAUCAAAGAGGUGACAACCAAGAAGAGAAAAGAGAUAUAAUAGAAGAAGCUAACACGAAAGAUGAGGUGAAAGCAGAGAACUCGAAACCAGACAAGGUAGAUGAGAAGACAAGUCCACCGCAAGAAUCCAAAGACACGAUGAUCCAGAGCAAGCCAGAUGAUCAUCAAAGAGGUGAGAAACAAGAAGAGAAAAGAGAUAUAAUAGAAGAAGCUAACACGAAAGAUGAGGUGAAAGCAGAGAACUCGAAACCAGACAAGGUAGAUGAGAAGACAAGUCCAGCGCAAGAAUCCAAAGACACGAUGAUCCAGAGCAAGGCAGAUGAUCAUCAAAGAGGUGACAACCAAGAAGAGAAAAGAGAUAUAAUAGAAGAAGAAGGAAAGAAGAAAGAUGAGGUGAAAGCAGAGAACUCGAAACCAGACAAGGUAGAUAAGAAGACAAGUCCAGCGCAAGAAUCCAAAGACACGAUGAUCCAGAGCAAGGCAGAUGAUCAUCAAAGAGGUGACAACCAAGAAGAGAAAAGAGAUAUAAUAGAAGAAGAAGGAAAGAAGAAAGAUGAGGUGAAAGCAGAGAACUCGAAACCAGACAAGGUAGAUAAGAAGACAAGUCCAGCGCAAGAAUCCAAAGACACGAUGAUCCAGAGCAAGCCAGAUGAUCAUCAAAGAGGUGAGAAACAAGAAGAGAAAAGAGAUAUAAUAGAAGAAGAAGGAAAGAAGAAAGAUGAGGUAAAAGCAGAGAUGUCAAAACCAGACAAGGUAGAUAAGAAGACAAGUCCAGCGCAAGAAUCCAAAGACGCGAUGAUCCAGAGCAAGGCAGAUGAUCACCAAGAAAACAGUAAAGAUGGAGAAAAGAUCAAGGCUGCCUUAAAGAAGCCUAAUGAUGAAGGAGAAGCAAAGACUCAGAAACUAGACAAGAACAAGCUUGGUAAGAAAGUAAGCUUUUCAGAAGAACCGAGAGCUCCCGUGCAGAAGAAGCAAGCUAUCAAGGAAUCUGGAUCAAGAAAAUCAAAACUGUUCAAUAUGACGAGAACCGAAACCAAGAAACAUGGGAAAGGAAGGCAAGAAGAUUCGGGGAUAGGUACCUCUAAGCUUCCUUCUAGCUUGAGGAAGUUGGAGCUAGAAUGCUACCCUGAAAAGAAUCCUCCAGUUUGGUUAAACCCCAAAACACUUGACAAACUUGAAAAGCUCUCAAUCAAAGGAGGAAGCCUUAGCCGUUUCAGCGACAAACCUUCAAAUGCAGAAAACAAAUGCAGCGUUCAGAUUUUACGUUUGAAGUAUUUACAUGAAUUCAAGGCUGAGUGGAAAGAUUUGCAGGGUCUGUUUCCACAACUGAAACUGCUGGAGAAAUUUAAAUGCCCGGAAGUCGCAUUCUGUCCCACAGAUGGUAAUGGAGUCUGGAGAUCACAGCCAUAGACAUCGCCAAGUAUUUGCUAAUUUGAUAUAACACUCCUUGUUUCAAUAAGGGCAAGAAUAGCCUUUGUAACUUCAUUAGAGCUUAUGUAUCUGUCUGUCCGACACUCUGAAUAAAUAAAACAUUCCUACUUAUUUAAUCAAA